AUGAUCUUGCGAGAACAAAGUCCACCAUUACACUCAUGAACUCUGGGAUCAUCGGUUUCUGUUCACUCUGAUACUACUGCACUUGUUCUUAAAAAAAACGGUUCUUAACGGACUUAACUUGGAAAAAUAUCUCUUCUCUAUCUCUUAUUCAAAUAAUAAAACCUAUAUUUAGAUAAAAAAUUAUGCUAACUAAAAUAGUAUGGAAUUGUGAUUGAUGACUUGGACGAAGAAAGAAAUCGGCCAAUCUUUUAUCUGACUAUUCAGUUUAGUCCGGAGGGUAAGCAAUACAUUUUUUUGUUUUGAUCAAUUUUGAUUGAGAUUUGCUUAAUAAACUCAGAAAAUGAUAUUCCAUUUCUCGACCUAAAUCGCAUGCAAUUGAUUAUACAAGUUAUGUAAGGAAAAGGGAAGUUAUAUCAUACCUACAUCAAAAUUCACUGCCGGAGAGUUGUCUUUAUUUCGGUGCAUAUACAUGUAUGGUAAUAAUAUCGAUAAUAUUCUUUUGAGUUUCCUCAUAAUUAUAAAUGUUAUAAAAUGUCAUCACUUCCAAAAGAUGACAGAUUUCAGCAUUCUUGGGGGGGGGGUUGGUGGGGGAAAUUGUCAAAUUGACUACAGUUUUUUUCUAAAGAUAUUUAUUCUUAAUAUACAUGCGGAUGCAGGGUUUGUAUAGAAAGCUUUUUAUCGUUGUUUUUAGUCAAGAUUUAAAAUAAUUAUGAUGAAGGUGCAAAUUUUGCACCACAUCUGUACGGCACCGAAUAUUUUAUAGCUGUCUACCAUAACAUACUACUUUUGAAAGCUUUUAGGAUAUAGAGAUAAACUGAAAAUGUAAGACAAUCUAUUUAUUUAUACUUUCGUAUAUACACUCAUAAAAACACUUAAAUAAAAAAGAAGAAAAAAUAAAGACAAUAAAAGAUGAUGUUUUUAAGCAACAUCAUAGUAAUGAUGUUCUAUUCAGAAUAUGCAAAGUGUUUUUUUGUGUUAUACAAUGUUUCUCAGCGCAGUAUUACUCCUGCGCGCAAGCGGUCAACUAAUCCUUCAUCCUGGGUAACCCACCUGGGUGGACAGUGGCAAAUGUAGAUAAAUGCCUAAUAAGAUAUAACGAAACUAAGAAAAGAGAGGAAUUAAAGAAAAAAGAGAAAAAACACGAGUUGCAUCCAUCUAAUAGAUAGUUUGUUUUAAGAGAGUAGGCCUAUACACUAUAUGGUAAAAUCACUAACCAGUAGAUAAAACACGAUUUUCUUGGAAGGUUACCCCUAAACUUGGUGUAACCAGCAAAUAUUGAAUUAGGGGGUCCUCGACAGUGAAAAAUCAUUAAAAUAUACAGAACAAGACAUAGGAGGAAUAAAAAUUCAAAAGAGUGGCGGUUGAGGUGGGUAACUGACGUUAUAAUAUAAAUUAUUAAUCAUAAUCGAAAGACCAUAAUACAUGACUCGCAUAAACAAUUAUCAUUUAUCUUUGAAUGGUGUGAAUAAUCAAUUAGCUUUUUUUAUGAAUUCUGCUUCAUUAUAUUUAGUUUCGAAUGAUUCUAUUUUCAGAUACUCGGCUCGUUAAGUGGAUAAUCAUGAGACUCCUCCACGAAAGCUAAUACUUCUAAACACAAAACAAUUUUUGCCAGGACAAACAUCGGGGAAUUACUUUGACAAUCCAAUAUCAUAUUUCGAAAUAUCUGCACUUAUAAAAAAGGUUCGUGUCGAAGUACAAGCAAAAAUAGAACGUCAGAACCUUGUUGUGACAAUAAAUUCGGUAUGAGGUCAUUAGGCACAAUCAGCUCAUCAGUAGAUAUAGAUAUUCACUGUUCAUGCUGUUGACUUUGGCGUCUUGUUUUGGUAAUGAUCAAGAACUACACGCCUUUAUACCAGAAGGUUAAUCCAAACAUUUUGUGCUUCCAACAAAAGAGAGAUCAUGAAAGCUUUGGAAGCUAAAGUCGUCGUUUUGGGCAAAGAAGGUGUGGGUAAGACGAGCAUUGUUGUGAGAUAUGUCGGGAAAAUCUUCAGUUCUCAAGUUAGUCCGACCGUAGGGGCAUCGUUCUUCACGUUCAAAAUGAACGUCGAUAACCAUCGAGUCAAGCUCCAACUAUGGGACACCGCUGGUCAAGAGAGAUUUAAAGCAAUGGCUCCAAUGUACUAUCGAAAAGCUAAUGCGGCUUUCUUAGUCUAUGAUAUCACAGACUCUAAAACAUUUGAGAACAUGAAGUUCUGGGCAGAAGAACUCGAACAAAAUAUGGACGGUCCAAUAGUAAUGUGUGUUCUGGGAAACAAAUCUGACUUGGCAGAUCGGCGUCAGGUAUCGUCUGAUGAAGGGCUACAAUAUGCAGCCAGCAUUGGGGCACUCUUCUUCGAAACAUCAGCACUUAAAGAUGAAGGAGUCUCCGAGGCCUUUCUUCGAGUUUCUUUGGCGCUCAUCUCUUUGGCAUCCAGCACAAGUACUUCCGGUAUGACCCUCAAACCGUACGACACAAGCCGACGACAAUCAGCCGACAUUACAGCUUUCCCACCUCAUCUACAACUCCUCCGGGAUAAGAUGAUCGAAGGUGGACGCAUUGAUGAGGACGGUGAAGAAGAUGACGAGGAUAGAGAUAGAAGCAGAAACAGCUGCUGUCCGACAUGACGAAACAUUAUUUCGGCAAAGAGAUAUCGGAAUUUUUAGAAUAGGCCUACAGAGUUGGAUUCGACAGGGUUAUGUCAGAACGUUAAUAUCAUGAAUAUGAUUGAGACAUAGACUGGUUUGAAUUCCGAGAUGGUGCAUUUGUCUGUAUGUGCAAAUAAUUUCUACAGUCAGGAGAGCGUUUGGUCAACAUUUUCGUCCGACAAACUUUCCCUGAUUUUGAUUGGCCGAGAAACACUCUUACUAUGGUAACUGUCGGA